AUUAAUUUAAUUUUGAUACUCUCUCUUUCUUUCUUCUUCGCACUUUGAUAUAUCAAAGACGUAGGUUAGAGCUUUCUUGGAGCACUGAUGUCAUCCAUCCACGCAUUAGGAUUUUUAAACACACACAAUCGAUAUUGUAUAAAUACAUUUCCGCGAUUAUACCUUGCUCUCCGUGGGAGCGGGCUUCUCUGACGCGCGCGGCACGUUAAUCAAAAUAAUAGUAAACGCGCUCACGAGCAGUAUAGCGAUCACGCCGACCUUCUUCUCAACGCGCAACGAUAUCACGAAUAUCAACGCGGCCAGCACCCACAGACUGAGGAUGAUGAAUAAUCCCACGCCGAUGCCGAGUAUCAAGGUGGUCAUAUCCUUCGACGGGGGAAAAUAAUACGACGGGGAACUGUCAGAAGAAGGAGACGCGGACUUGACAGAUAGCGCGCGUCUCUCAUAUCGAUCACCUCUAUUCUAAGAAUCUCUAUUUUAAAUCCUCUCCUUUAUUUCAAGUUGGCUGUUUUUCCCCCUAAAUUGAUUGAUUCUCCUCUCACCCCUCGGCCCGCUCAUGGGCCAUUCUUUUUUCUCUUGUUCUUCUCGUAUACAAAAACAAUAAUACCGAUUGUAGAGCUAUCUUUUUUCAACAUAUAGUUAAACUGAGGAAUUUUGCCGCUAAUGUAAUACCUGCGGUGAAGAGCUAAAAAGUUGUCGAAAUCUUUUAUUGAUAAUUAUCACUUUUCAAUAUGGAUGUGACAUAUGAUCCUAUUGGAUUCAACAAACAAACCGAGACAUUAUUAUACGGCGUAGGAGGGAAAAACUUGAUAAAGGAAUUCAAAAAAAGAAAUAUAUCGACUGAUGCCUUGCAUAAAUUAACCAAGGAGGAUUUCAUACAACUUGGUGCUGAUGAGCAUCUCGCAGAAAACAUGUUCCAUUCUCUAUGUAUUUCGAAGGAAAAAAUCCCAAGUAUGAAGUUAAAGCCUCAUCAAAGGAUGUUUAAUAAAAUAGAAAUAUUGAAUAUGGGAAAGAAACAGUUUGAUACAAUGCAAGCUUUUAUAACACACUGCAGAGUUAAGUUAAAAAAACAAAGAAUUCAUUCUUUUAUUGAACCUGAUGCAGCUUUAAGCGCUUCUAAAGUUUUAAUCCUUGCUGCUGAUUCUAUUCUUAAGGAAGUUAACGAGACUGAAUUAAAAUUGAAAGAAUUGGAAGCUGUGAUAAUUACGCCUAAAAGUAGCAGAAAAUAUUCUUAUGUAUCAUAUUGCAUUUCAAUCGGUGGAUUAUGCUUCACAUCGUAUAUAUUAUUCAAGAUUUUGGAGAGAAAAGGAUUUGAUAAGAUACUAAAAUAUUACUAAUAUAUAUAAUUAUGCUGUUGUAUAGAUUAUAUGUUGCUAUUUUUUGAGAUACCUUUUUGGAAAUAUAUAACAUAAAUAUUUUUGAUGACAAGCUUUAAAUUAAUAUAUUAUUAGAGCAAAAUAAUUUGAUUUAACAUCAUUCAAUGAUAUAUCCAAAUUUCUCAAAAAGUUCAAUAAUAUUCAAAGAAGAUGUGUUUUAAAAUUGAGACUGAGAUAAUUAAACAGAAUAACACAUUUUCUAUCUUCGAAAUUAACUUUAAUUAAUUUAUUGUCCUGCAUUAUUGGUCUGCUUUUCUUUAGAAUGUAUAAAUUCAAUUAAGAGGGCUGCAAAGCCAAAUAAUGUGUAUACACAGUACAGUGGGCGAAAUUAAAUAAAGAAAUAAAGAAAC